AUGAUUAAAUCCGUCCUUCCAAGGCUCGGUCUUUCACUCCUUGCCGCUACCACUGUAGCCUCUGGCUCAUCAGAUAUCCAGCCUCAACUGAUCUCCGACCCUCAUGCGGUCGCCGGAAAGCAUUAUAACUAUGUGAUUGCCGGGGGAGGCCUGACUGGUCUCACCGUCGCUGCAAAGCUAUCGGAGAACCCUAACAUCUCCGUGCUCGUUAUUGAGCGAGGCUUCUACGAGUCCAAUGAUGGUCCAAUCAUCGAAGACCCCAACAGAUAUGGCGAAAUUUUCAACUCGCGUGUCGACCAGCAGUAUGCCACGGUUGAUCUGGCCAUCAACAACCAGUCCUUUCCUAUCAGAUCGGGCAAGGGCCUAGGCGGCUCAACACUCCUCAACGGAGAUUCGUGGACCCGGCCCGACAAGGUCUUUGGAAUGGAGGGCUGGAAUUGGGAGGGCUUGGUUGAAUACAUGAAUGCCGCUGAGCGUGCGCGCCCACCCACUGACGCCCAGAUUGCCGCUGGUCAUGCGUUCAACGCUUCCUGCCACGGCUUCAAUGGCACAGUUCACUCCGGGCCUCGUGAUAACGGGCAGGACUUCUCGCCAAUCAUGCAAGCCCUGAUCAACUCUACUUCGGCAAUGGGAAUCCCCACUCAACAGGAUGUGACCUGUGGUCAUCCGCGUGGAGUUUCGAUGAUCUAUAACAACGUACAGGAGGAUCAAACCCGUGCAGACGCUGCUCGCGAGUGGCUCCUCCCCAAUUACAAGCGGGAAAACUUGCAUGUGCUGACUGGCCAAUUGGUCGGCAGCAUCUUGUUCGAUGACUCUGGCGUAAAGGCCGUUGGGGUCAACUUCGGAACCAACAAGGCUGUGAAUUUCGAUGUCUUCGCCGACAACGAAGUACUCCUGGCUGCGGGCUCCGCUAUCUCCCCUCUCCUCUUGGAAUACUCCGGUAUUGGGGUGAAGUCUGUUCUGGACAAAGCCGGCGUUAAGCAGCGACUGGAGUUGCCGGUGGGGCUUAACAUGCAAGAUCAAACCACCACCACCGUCCAUUCCCGGGCCAAGGCCGCAGGCCAGGGCCAGGCUGUGUUCUUCGCCAACUUCACCGAGACCUUUGGCAACCAGGCCCAGCAGGCGAUCAACCUGCUCGACACCAAGCUUGAGCAAUGGGCAGAGGAGACCGUUGCUCGAGGCGGUUUCCACAAUGUCACCGCUCUCGUCAUUCAAUACGAGAACUACCGUGACUGGCUCUUGAAUGAAGAUGUUGCCUUUGCGGAGCUCUUCCUCGACACCGAAGGAAACAUCGACUUCGAUGUCUGGGAUUUGAUCCCUUUCACCCGCGGCUCUACGCAUAUUCUACACAGCGAUCCCUACAUGCUUCUGUACGCCAACGACCCGCAGUUCUUCUUGAACGAGCUGGACCUUCUGGGCCAGGCCGCCGCCACCAAACUGGCUCGCGAUCUUUCCUCCGCCGGCAUGAUGCGGGAUUACUUUGACGGAGAAACUAUCCCCGGCUCCAACCUGGACCAGGAUGCUGACCUGGAUCAGUGGAGCACCUACAUUAAGCGCAACUUUCGCCCCAACUACCAUGCCAUUGGAACCUGUUCCAUGAUGACGCGGGAGCUUGGCGGUGUCGUGGAUGCUGCUGCCAAGGUCUAUGGGACUCAGAACCUCCGUGUGAUCGAUGGCUCGAUUCCUCCCACUCAGGUCUCUGCUCAUGUCAUGAAUGUGUUCUACGGAAUGGCGUUGAAGAUUGCCGAUGCUAUUCUGGCAGACUACCAGGCGUAG